AUGGCUACCGCACUGGAAACAGACCUACAGGCUAACUGUGAUAGCUGCAUGGAAAAGCUGGAACGCUGUUUUCAGACCCUGAUUGACAGAGCCCCAUGGGACUUUCUUGUCCAUAUUUAUCAAAAGCGGCAAGAAUCAUACCAGGUUACUACAGCUAAGGUGGCAGACACAGCAUCGGAGCCCCCAGAGGUUGGUAACCCUGCAGGAGAGCCGCCAUGCUUGUUCUCGACAUUAUCUCAACAACCGGCUGGCCGCACAACAGGAUUUGAGAAAUCGGGCGGCCAACGCUUUGAGGGUGCUGCAGAUAUGAAGACCAAGAUGCUGUUUGAACCCGAUCUGAACCUCCGUACCGUUGCAGCAGAGGCGCUCACAGCCGAUAUAACCCAGGACUUGCCAUCUCAAGGGGAUCUUGUAUUCCGCUCCACACCAGGGCAGGAGCCGGGGGUGAUCACUCCUGCAAUUACACGCAUUAAAAAUAGUCACAAUCCAUCUGGCCCUUAUAAAUCAAGUUUAUUGGAGCAAUCACUAUGGCUGGACUUAGUGAGUAGGCUGCGAUCUGAAAAGCUGUCUGAAGAAGGAGGCACAGUGUGCGGGGAUAUUCAUGGGCAGUUCUUUGACUUGAUGAAGCUGUUUGAGGUUGGAGGAUCUCCGGCUAACACAAGAUACCUCUUCCUGGGGGACUACGUAGAGAGAGGUUAUUUCAGUAUAGAGUGCGUCUUAUACCUAUGGGUCCUGAAGAUUCUCUAUCCCAAUACGCUGUUUCUUUUAAGAGGCAAUCAUGAAUGCAGACACCUUACAGAAUACUUCACUUUUAAGCAAGAAUGUAAAAUAAAAUACUCGGAGAGGGUGUAUGAGGCCUGCAUGGAAGCGUUUGACUGCCUUCCUUUAGCGGCACUUCUAAACCAACAGUUUCUAUGUGUUCACAGAGGACUUUCCCCAGAAAUACACAGCUUAGAUGACAUUAAAAGGUUAGACAGGUUCAAGGAGCCACCUGCAUUUGGGCCAAUGUGUGACUUGCUAUGGUCAGAUCCUUCUGAGGACUUUGGGAAUGAGAAGUCGCAGGAACAUUUCAGUCAUAACACAGUCAGAGGAUGCUCUUACUUUUACAGCUACCCGGCUGUCUGUGAGUUUUUGCAGAAUAACAACUUGCUGUCAAUCAUCCGAGCACACGAGGCACAGGAUGCGGGUUACCGAAUGUACAGAAAAAGUCAAACGACAGGAUUCCCCUCAUUAAUAACGAUAUUUUCAGCACCUAAUUACUUAGAUGUCUACAAUAAUAAAGCUGCUGUGUUAAAGUAUGAAAAUAAUGUGAUGAACAUCAGGCAAUUCAACUGUUCCUCACACCCCUAUUGGCUGCCCAACUUUAUGGACGUCUUCACUUGGUCGUUGCCUUUUGUUGGAGAAAAGGUGACCGAGAUGCUGGUGAAUGUGCUGAGCAUUUGCUCAGAUGAUGAACUUAUGACAGAAGGCGAAGACCAGUUUGACGUAGGUACAGCGGCCGCUAGAAAGGAGAUCAUCAGGAACAAGAUUCGGGCGAUCGGCAAGAUGGCGAGAGUAUUCUCCGUGCUCAGGGAGGAAAGUGAGAGUGUGCUGACACUGAAGGGGUUAACCCCCACUGGAAUGCUGCCUAGCGGAGUGCUGGCAGGAGGACGGCAGACCCUACAAAGUGCAAUACGAGGAUUCUCUCCGCAGCAUAAAAUAUGCAGCUUUGAAGAAGCAAAGGGAUUGGACAGGAUCAAUGAAAGAAUGCCCCCGAGGAAAGAUGCUCGGCAGCAGGACGGGAUUCAUUCUGCCAAGGACAACAAUGGGACUGGUAACAACAAUGCGCAGUGACGGAUCUACGCCAGCUAGAUUCCUGCUUUGUGACAAAACAGCUUCAGUAGCCAAGCGGAUCAGGAAAUAACUAAAUCCACUGAUCAUGGACCUAUUACAUGUGGAGGAUCCUGUGACAAAGUCUUGCUUUCCAGGGAAUAUAGUCACUUGGAGACAUUGUAGGACUGGCCAGCUGCCGGGUCACAAAAGCACAUCUAGUGCAGCAUCUCACACUUAUCGUUGUUGACACGUUUACAAAUGGAUACCUUGUUUUUGUUCACUAGAUAGUAUUUUUUUUUUUUCCUACCAGAAUUUUACGUUUGUCCCCAAAACUAUUUAUUUAAAAGACAUUUUGUUUACAAGAAAUGUCUUUAAAAGAUACAUUAGAAUCGUCUUAAAUAUACUGAGGCUAUAAAAUAGAUUUUCAAUUCUACAAAUCAAUGCCAAAAUCAUGUUGGCUGUUCUGUAACGCUGACCUCGGGUGUAUUAUUAAUUAGAUGUUGAGAAAUAUGUAUUAUACUCACUGUAUUUUUUUGUUUAUGGCUUAUGGAAAGAUUUCUAUGUAGGAACAUUUAUUACUUGAACACAGAUCAAAUAUUUAAUUUCAGAACUCCUUUGCCCAAAAUUUGUGAAGAUUUUUUCAUUCCUUUAAAUUGAGUUGCAAAAAAAGAAAGAAAAAAAAAAAACAUUUUAAAAUGUAAAA